UCAAAAUACUCCCAUCACUGUGAAUCUUAAUGUGAAAGUAAACAAGCAUACCAACGAUAUACUGUUUGCUGAAGCCACAAAUGACUUCUUUGAUUUCCUUUGUAGCUUUUUAACCAUUCCUAUUGGGACAAUGGUUUCCGUUCUAAGGGGAAAUUCAGGUUUAGGAUGCAUUGACAACUUGUACGCAAGUUUGGCAGAGUUGGACGUCAAAUGGUUUGGUUCGGCGUCCGUUAAAUCUGACAUACUUGUCCCUGGGAUUGCCACGCAUCAUAACUGCAGAAUGCAGCCUCUCAAUUUGUUUGAACGAAAGCGGGAAGAUUAUAUGCUUAACUCUAAAACCAAUGACCAUUCUAAUUUUUCUGUGGAACCAUCUAUAUUCAUGGUUUCACGCGAUUUUGAAGUGAAGCCUCUGUGCUUUGCAUCUAGUUUUGUUGUAUUGAGGGAUGCAAAAGUGCCUUUAAGUGAUACUGAAGAUCGAGAGGUCACCGUCGGUAUGAAAGAGGCACUGUGCUUAUUGAAGGCGGCUCUUACAUCGCCAUCAUCAGCUCUAUCCGAUGGCUUGAACACCUUUGUGCAGAAGCAGAAGGCAUAGUAGUAAAUGCGGGCUUUGAACGUCUAGGAUUUGUUAAAUUAUAUUUGAAGUUGUCUUUGCAUUUUGGUUAUUUAAAGUGGACGUUUUCU